AUGAAGCUCGAAAACUUCAGCGCCAACGGACAUCCCACCUUGACCAUCUACCGCCCGUCAACGACAAGUCCAGCUCCCAACCACUCCCACCUCUCCACCACCUCACCAUCAAACAUCAUGGGUAUCCCAUUCGAUUACGCGCCGGAGCGCCCAGAGCAUAUCGAGGCGAUCCUCAACGGACUCGACCGCUACAACCCGGAGACGACGACCAUCUUCCAGGAUUACGUCCAGCAUCAGUGCGACGACAAGGCCUAUGACUGCUACGCCAACCUCGCGCUCCUGAAACUGUACCAAUUCAACCCCCAACUCGCCCGCGACGAAACCAUCACCAACACCCUCGUCAAAGCCCUGACCGUCUUCCCCUUCCCCGACUUCUCGCUCUGCCUCCACCUCCUCCCAGCCCACAUCCUGCAACCCAUCUCCACCUCCUCCGCCCUCCCCGCCGCCGGCGACGCCCCCCUCUCCGAAGCCGUGCAAAAGCUCGCCGUUCUCAACAACCUCCUCGCCGGCGCCUCGUACGCCAAGUUCUGGUCGACCCUCGACUCCGACGACCUGUACGCUGAUCUCGUCGCCGACGUCAACGGCUUCGAGGAGCUGAUCCGCAUCCGUAUCGCUAUGACUAUCUCGCAGGCUGUGCGUGAGGUCGAGCGCUCGGUGCUGGAGGCGUGGUUGGGGCUGCAGGGGGGGGCGCUGGAUAAGUUCGUCAGCGAGGUGUGUGGAUGGCAGGUUGAGGGGUCGGUGGUUAAGGUGCCGCUGAACAAGGAGAAUGAGGCCAAGGGCACGAUGGUUAGGGAGAAUGUCAAGAUCGACCAGUUCUCGAGGGUCGUGAGGAGGGCGUAUGAGUUGCCUGCUUAGAUUGGGGGACGAGUGGGCUGGCUGGCGGGCGGGGGGGGGAUGGGUGUUUUGUAUUGGAAGAGCAUGGAUUGGCGUUUAGGCUGGCGUUGAUGAGCAGACGAUGACACAUGAGUCUAACCGAGCAACGAAGUAGAAAGAAAUAUCUCCCUCGAAAGAGCAUGGAACACCGUACUCCAACCUAUUGUGUUUAAUGAUAAAUACCAAAUUAUGCAAUCAAACAGAUACCUAGAAUCAACCUUCAAAUCGAAC